GCUCCCAAUCAUCCACGAACAAAAUUCCAAAGCACUCGAACACACUACAGCUCUCACAACCAAACAAGCAAACAUUUCACUAACCAAGAAGAGGAGAAUGGAUUUCAGAAUCAUGGGUCUGGAUGCUCCAAUCAUGACAGCACUGCAGCAGCUACAGCAGCUGGCGGACUUCCCUGAGGAGAACGAGAAGACCUCCAACGCCCCGACCCGGACCUACGUCCGCGACGCCAAGGCUAUGGCUUCCACUCCGGCCGACGUGAAGGAGUACCCCAAUUCCUACGUGUUCGUGAUCGACAUGCCGGGGCUCAAGUCAGGGGACAUCAAGGUGCAGGUUGAGGAUGACAAUGUGCUUCUGAUCAGCGGCGAGAGGAAGAGGGAGGACGAGAAAGAGGGGGUAAAGUAUUUGAGGAUGGAGAGGAGGGUUGGCAAGUUUAUGAGGAAGUUUGUGCUGCCUGAGAAUGCUAAUGCUGAUGCCAUUUCUGCUGUUUGCCAAGAUGGGGUUCUUACUGUGACUGUGGAGAAGGUGCCACCGCCUCAGCCGAAGACCAAGACUAUUGAGGUCAAGAAUAUUGGUUAGAGUUUUAUGUGUAAUUUUGGGUUGUUUUCUGAAUAACUACGGUGAUGUAGGGUGAUUGGUACCAGCGUGCGCGCUGUCAUACGCGUUUUGGUUCUUGUAUUGUAAGUUUAUGGUUUCAUUGUUACUGUUUUCCAAUAGAGUAUGUAUUAUGGUUUUAUAUAUGAAGCAAUAUAUUGGCAGUUUCAUCA